AUGUGACCAAACAUUAUUUACCAAGAUGGCGACGUUCCUUGCAGUUCCUCUGAAACAAACUCAGGAAGUUGAACUGACAAAACCAUUGAGAAGUUUCAUCCAAAAUACCUUUACACAGGUGGAACCAGACGAUUAUAAUCAUGCAAUCAAUGAGUUCAGCAAAUUGAGGAAUUUAAUGAUCGCCAAAUCUGUUGACAAACAUGAAUCAGCAUUAGAAGUCCUGUACCGGUAUUAUGACCAACUGUGUGCAAUAGAGAACAAGCUACCCAUAGCAGAAAAUCAGAUUCGAGUGAAUUUCAAAUGGAGAAAUGCCUUUGAUAAGGAAUCUUUAUUUGGUGGAAAACAGAUCUUGGGUAUUGCGUCUGGUGCUUAUGAGAAGGUGUGCAUGCUUUUUAACAUUGCAGCACUGCAGAGUCAGAUUGCUGAGGUCCAGAACCAUGAUAGCGAUGAAGGACUCAAAACCUCCGCCAAAUAUUUCCAGAUGGCUUCAGGAAUUUUUGGACAUCUCAAAGACAUUGUACUUUCACAUGUCCAACAAGAACCAACCCCUGACCUGAGUCCUGACACACUCAAUGCCCUGAGUGCACUCAUAGUGGCUCAGGCUCAAGAGGCCAUUUACAGAAAAGCUGCUGCUGACAGGAUGAAGGAGGCCAUGGUAGCUAAAAUAGCUUACCAGUGUUCAGAUCUCUACAGUGAUGCCAUGAAGCUGAUGCAGCUUGCCUCCCUCAAAGAACUCUGGCCAAAGGAUUGGGUUCCAUUGGUGGCUUGCAAACAAGCUGGCUUUCAUGGGAUGGCUGAGUUCUACCAAAGCUGUGUGGCACAACAGAGCAAGUCUUAUGGUGAACAAAUCGCCCGCUUACAGAAAGCCAAUGAGCUUCUGACAGCUGCCCAGAGCAGGGGAGGUGCAGCCUUUGCCUUCAAAACAGAACAGGGCCGUGUCCAGAGGGAGCUGCAGGCAGCCAAGAAGGACAACGAUUUCAUUUACCAUGACAAAAUUCCUGAUCUGAAGAACCUUCCUACUAUUGGCAAAGCUGCUAUUGCCAAACCGGCACCUUUCCCUAACAAGCCAAUGAGUGAAGGCUUUACAGAUUUGUUUGAAAAGCUUGUUCCAAUACCAGUUUAUGAAGCACUCACAGCUUUUGAAAACAGGAAGACACAGAUAAUGAAUACUGAGAUUGGUAGAUUACGAGAACAGACUCAGCUUAUGAACAGUAUAUUAGCCUCUUUGAACCUGCCUGCAGCUUUGGAGGAUUUAUCUGGAAAGAAGGUCCCCCAGUCUGUUAUAGAGAAAGCCCAGCAGAUUAAGGAUAUAGGAGGAAUACAAUACUUAGAUAAACUAAUGAAUGAAUUACCAGAACUACUACAGAGGAAUAGAGAAAUCCUUAAUGAGUCAAUUAGAAUGCUAGAAGAGGAGGAAGCAUCAGAUAAACAGCUGAGAGAACAGUUUAAGGAGAGGUGGACGCGUACGCCCUCGGACAAACUGACCCAACCCAUGAGAGACGAGAGCAUGAAGUAUAAACAGAUACUGGACACGGCAAUAAAUGCUGACCGCAUAGUAAAGGAAAAAUACCAAAAACAUAAACAGGCCAUAGAACUGCUGUCAAAAUCACCAGCAGAAAUAGAUAAAGCUCUACCGUCUGGAGGUGGUGCUCAUGCUUCAGAGAGUACUGGGGUGGUUCAGAAACUGCGUAAACUCAUGGACGAUGUAGAAACCAUUAAAGCCGAGAGAGAAGCCAUAGAAAAUGAAUUGAAAGAGGCCAAGUUUGACAUGACUAGCAAGUUUUUCUCAGCACUGGCCUCAGAGGGUGCAAUAAAUGAGGAAAUGUUAUCAAUGAGUGAGCUAGACAGAAUUUACGGACCUCUAAGGGAACAAGUCAAUGAGAGUCUUCGAAAACAAGAUUCUGUUAUGGCCCAAGUUCAGCCAGCAAACAUGGAGUUUUGUCAAGCCAAGGCCUCUGAUCAAAGUGGAGCACAAAGGGAGGCAAUGCUGAAGGACCUCGCUGCUGGGUUUGAUAUGUUUAUGGAGCUGAAAAGCAACUUAGAAGAGGGAACAAAGUUCUACAAUGAUUUGACACCCCUACUAGUCCGUCUACAGAACAAAAUUUCUGACUUCUGUUUUGCGCGAAAGACAGAGAAAGAUGAGUUGAUGUCUGAUCUGCAAAAAUCAAUUGCCAGUCAGCCAACUGGACCUACACCUCCACCACCCAGCUACCAGAGUCCAUCAGCUACCACACAGAGUCGGGCACCACCUGCUCGACCGCCACCACCCCAGUUCUCUUCUGCUUCUCCAGGGCCUUCUCCCUCCUCCUCCAGUACUCAGAGUGGGCAACCAAAUACACAGUCAGGGCCUCCUUCAUACUCUAGUGCCCCAUCAGGGCCUCCUGUAGGUGGUUACUCCUACCCUGGAGGCCCCCCUCCACAAUAUAUGUCUGGACAAACAAGUGGCACAACUACUAGCACUACUAAUACAAGUAGAACAGAAGCCAAUCAUCCUUCUGCUCCACCCCCUGCCCAGCCUUCCUCACAAAACUAUGCAGGGCCAGGUCAGCAAUCAUGGGGUAAUGCUCCUUACCCUCAGGCCGGAGGAGGGUACCAGGGGAUGCCUAUGCCAGCCAUGCCCUCGGGCUUCAACCCAUACAAUCCUUAUACAUAUUCCCAGCCCUCUGGAUACCCCACACAGGGGUAUCCUCAACAAGGCUAUCCACAACAGUAUCCAGGCCAGGGCUAUCCACAACAACAAUAUCCACAGCAAGGCUAUCCUGGUGGAAAUCAACCAUAUCCACAACAAAACCAAUGGAGAUAGACAACUAUUAUAAGUGGAUAGUUUAGACAUAUUCUCAUAUUUAAAGAAUUGAAGCAAGACAAAAAAAGAUUUUUCUGGGAAAAGAAAGAUUAAGUCAUAUUAUGCUUCUCUUUUUGGUGUUUAAUUAGACCAAUGUGAUACUAUUUUCAAUUAUUUGUAUAUUGUGAUUAUUUGAUUUUUUUAUGUCAUAAUAACAUGAUUAUGAUACUGUGAAUCCAAUGAAAAAGACCUGUUGUUUGAUGUGUCAAGCAGUUUCAGUGAUUUUGAGUCGAGUGAAUUCAGAAUUAGUUUCACAGUUGAACAUGUCUCUCGUUAGUUUGCUAAGUUUUGUUUUACAAUCAGUAGAAGUGGCAGAAUUUUACUGCAGAUUUGGAAAUGAAACACAUGUGUUAUAUACAUGUACAUGUAAAUGACUUUCAAACUUCAUUUUGCAAACUGAGAGAGAUGACACCAGUAUGUGUAAAUGAGUUGUAGGAAAGAAUUUCUGCUGGAUGAAUUUUUUUCAAUAGUAAUGUUAAAUAUCAUGUAUUGAGGGAUAAGCACUGUAUCUCUGCAAUGUAAUCAUAUCUUAUUACAUGUAGUACUGGAAGAUAACAAUUAAAAUUUACAUGCAUACCCAACAAUAUGUACAUGUCAUGGUCGAAACUACAAUAAAUGUUUUACAUUUUGAUGUAUGUGUAUAAUGUUAAUUCAGAGCCUGAAACCUGGUGUUAGGAAACAAUAUGAUUUCAAUCAUCCAAUCAUGCUUCUGUUGAGUAAUUGAAAGUUAUUGUAAUUUUUCUCCAUAUUUGGCAUGUAAAUGUAUUGAUAUGCACUGACGAACCUUUAAAAGAUGUAAAUUCAGAAGAAAAGAACUGUUACAUUUACAAAAGUUUAUGCACAUUUGAAAUGCACUUAAGAAACCUUUUUUUUUUUUAAAUUCCUUCAAUACCUUUGAAAAAUUAUUGUCAGAAUCACUGUCAGAUAACACUGUUGAGAAUAAUAAAUUUCUGUUAGAAGAUUAUACAGAAAUGUAUGUUAUUUCAACAGCACAAGAAAAAAAAUAUUGAUUUACUUUUUAUGGACUUUAUGUACAAUUGUAUUUGACUCAAAAUACAUUUUCCUUUUUACACAAAGUACAUUUUCAUUUUUUUCCCUUUUAGAAUAUUGCUUGGUUUACCAUGAUUGCUGUGAUUUCCGUAGUAUAUGUACUAAGUACAAAUAUCAAUCUGUGCAGUUUGGAAAUUGAAGAUUUGCAUGCAGGAUAUUUAAAAUUUUCUGUUAUAACUGGUGUCUGUAAUGAUUUCUAAUGACUUAAAGCUUCAUUAAAAUUUUAUACCCUGAAAUUUA